AUGCUGGAAGAACGACAUUAUUGCGCUCAUGACGCAGCAGUUUCCAAUCUUAGCUGGGCACAUCCAGAAUUUGGCUCCAUCAUCGCCUCGUCCUCUUUUGACCGCACGUUCAAAAUUUGGGAAGAAACCAAUGCAGAUACAGAUCAGUACCCACCACAAGUCAAUGGUGCCGCCAUCUCUGCGUCUACUUCAAGCUCUCGGUGGGUCGAACGGUCUGUAAACAUGGAUGCGAAAGGUACCGUCCGCGCGGUCGAGUUCGCGCCUCAUCAAUUUGGUUUGAAACUCGCUACAAUAGCUUCAGACAAUCAUCUGCGCAUCUACGAAUGCCUUGAAGCACCGAACCUCACCACUUGGCAAAUUUCCGAAGAAGUUGACGUCAUGAGCCUUCCGUCCGUCUCACCACAUUCAGCAUCGCACGCACACACCGUCGCGAUGGCCACACCCACUCAAACCAAUACCUCGCUGGAUGGCCCGUCUGCCUCACUUGUUGCGACAGCUCUACAACAGCAUCAAAAUCAGCCAGCUAACCGGCCAGGUCUGGGUAAUCGAGAGGCUGAUGGUGGAUGGUGUCUCGCUUGGUGUAAGGAGAGGUAUUGGGGGGAGGUUAUCGCGGCGGGAUGUGGAGUGAACGGUCUUGUGAAGAUCAUUCAGCUUUCGCCCUCACGUCGCCCUACGACUUUACUAGUCUUGGACCCUUCGCCAACGCCCGACCAUGUUCCUACGGGCGUUACUGACCAGGAUGGACCGACGACGUACUCUAUAACCUGUGUUGCAUGGGCUCCCUCGUGUGGCCGCUCUUAUCAUCUCGUCGCAACGGGUGGUCGCGAUGGCCACGUACGUAUUUGGCGUAUCAAACCUGCAACCGCAGAAGAUGAGAGGACCGACGGCGAUGAUGCCAGAUGGACUGCUGUUGUAGUGGCAGACUUCGAUCACCAUAAAUCUCCGGUGGGUCGUGUCGAAUGGAACAUAACAGGUACUGUUCUCUCUUCUGCCGGAAAUGAUGGUCGUAUUCGUUUGUGGAAAGCUACUGUUGGGAAUGUCUGGCGGGCUGCUGGUAAUAUUAGCGUGGAGGAAGCGGAAAAGCAGGAAGAGGCGGAUGUAGAGAUGGACGAUCACGCUGGCGCAGAGUAAAGAUCGAGGAUGGUGUUAUCUUUCUUCUCUUUUUGUAUUACACUACUGCAUCG